CCUCCCCAGUUCCAGCCAGCCCUCCCUAGUCCCAGGUAGUCCUCCCAGUUACUUCCCAUGCCUCCCCAGUCCCAGGUAGGCCUCCCCAGUCCGUCCCCAGUUCGUAGCGGGCGCCGAUGGUGACGUCACGCAUAAACAAGGAGACACGGCGGCGGCGCGGCAUUAAUGGCGGCGGCCUCCUCCUGCAUCUAGCUUAUUUCACACUCCUGCACGUCUUCCGCAGCUCACACCUUGAGGGAUCCGCCACGCCUGGGACUGUGGGAGCCCCUGCGUGACGUGUGUGCCCUUGGGGACCCCGUAGCAUCCCCUGAGGGCGGAUGGUGAGGGAAUGUUUACAUGGUGUGGGAAGGCCAUGGUCAAGCCAACUUCAGCUCUCACGCCCACAGUUUUUUUAAUUUGUGACCCCAGGGAGAGCCGCUCCCAGGGAUACGUGGCCUCAGGGGUGAAGGACGUGCCCCAGGGGAACACCGAGCCGUCAUGAUGGACGACUCGUUUUUGGAUGUCAAAAUGGAGCUGGGGGAGGAGGUGCGGAGGCAAUGUCACGACCCCCACCUGGCCCCCACGCCGGUGUUGCUGGCGCGGCGGGAGGUGGCCAGCAAGCACCCCCGCACCACCACCACCACACAGCUGAACCAUGUGAGCGAGGAGAUGCUGGUGUACCGCAAACACAGCCUCCUCUCAUGUCAACUCCCCGGCGCUCCCAAGUCGACCUUUCUUAUGGUGUUCAGUCCUGAUGGGUCAAAGGUCGCGUCCACCCACGGCGACCACAACAUCUACGUGAGUGAGGUCAACACGGGCCAGUGCAUCUGUACCCUGGAGGGACACCCAAGGACGCCCUGGUGUGUGGCCUUCCAUCCUGCUUCCAAUGAGAUCGUGGCUUCAGGCUGUCUGGCGGGAGAGGUGCGGGUUUGGGACCUCAAGGGCGGGAGUGAGGUAUGGACAACUGAGAAGAACACAGUCAUCGCCUCCCUCGCCUUCCAUCCAACUGAUCAGGUGCUGGUCAUCGCCACCUACAAUGAGAUCUACUUCUGGGAUUGGUUUCAGCCUCAGCCCUUUGCCAAGAUAUGCACUGCUGAUGAGAAGGAGAAAGUCAGAUACGUCAAAUUCGACCCACUCGGACACAAGCUGAUCACGGGAAUAGCCAACAUGCCACACGAGAGACCAGGCUCCCCGUCCACCCACCAUGUCCCCUCGAGGUCUGAGUUGGUGGAGAGGGAGCAGCGUUACAACCAGCUCUCCAGUCAGUACCUCAGCCUUGUGUCCCACCUGGAGGCACUCACUAGUUCCUCUGUUGCUGGAGCUUCCCUCAAUCCCAAUUCCUCUUCCUCCUCUCGAACGAUUGAUCGUGGCACAGACCCCAUAGAACUUGGUGGCAGUGCAGCACGGCAGAUGUCAGAGGAGCGCAGGGGCGGCACCAGUAGCAGUGGUGGUGGUGGUGGUGGCGCCAGCGGUGGUGGUGGUGGUGGUGGCACCAGCGGUGGUGGUGGUGGUAGUGGUGGGAGUGGCAAUAAUAAUGGUGGUGGUGGUGGUGGUUGGUGGUGGCGGCAGUGGUGGUGUUGGUGGUGGCAGCAGUAAUAACAGCCAUGGCCAGCAGGACACAGCAGCCGAGACAGCACGGGGCAGCAGCAUGUGGGGUGGGGCUGGGGACGGGGCAGCCAGUGUGGAGUCAGAGCGGGGUGGCCUGGGGGUGGGUGAGGGUGAGGAGCGGACGGAGGAGUCAGCCAGCCUUGG